AUGAAGUUGCCGUGGAUCCUUAGCGCGCUCUUGGCGGUGGCAGCGGCCUCGUCGUGCCCCGUCGGCAACGUGUACGACGCGACGGCAGAGCAGUGCGUGCCCUGUGCGUUUGGCUCGUGGGCCGACGGCGACAUGAGCCAGUGCCAAUACCCUGUGACGUGCCUCGCCGGCCUCGAGCCCAACGCGCACGCACGCAACGCGUCCGACUGCCUGCCCUGCGUGGCCGGUUGGUACAACGCUGCCAACGACGUCUCGCUGUGCAAGCGCAUGGCAUGUGCCCCGGGUACCGCGAGCACGGUCGUCGGCGCUGAAGACGCGACUGCUUCCUGCAAGGCGUGUCCUGCGAUGACGUACUCGACGGGCGCGGACGCCGCCUGCGUGGCAUGCCCGCCUUUUCACUAUGCACCAGCCCAAAGCAGCCACUGCGAUCUCGUGCAGUGUGCACCGGGAUCGCGCCCGGCGCUCAAUUUGACGUCGUCCAGCGACUGCGUUCCUUGCUCGUCGGGAACGUACAGCUUUGGGGAUCUCGACACGGAGUGCCACCCCGUCCAGUGCCUUGGGGGCACCGAGCCCCGCGCAAAUGCCAAAAAUGCCACCGAUUGCUUGCCUUGCAAGCUCGGGUGGUUCUCGCCCGGAGGCGACGCCAUGUGCGCACCAGCGGCAUGCCCAGGCGGAACGAUUGCGAAGCACGGCGCCACCACGGCCUCCGAACACUGCGUAGCCUGCCCUCCUGGGCACGUGUCGCCUGGUAAAGACGCGGCCAAGUGCACACCGUGUCGCGCAGGCACCUAUGCCAAGAGUGAAACCUGUGCCCUCGCCGAGUGUCCUCCUGGGAGCUACGCCCCCGACUUGGCCAAGGACGUAGCCCAUUGCUUGGACUGCGCGUUUGGCACGUUCUCGAACGGGAAAACGGACGCCUGCCACCCGUUCACUUGCCCCGGCGGCAACGAGCCGAACGCCAAAGCGAGCUACGACGGCGACUGCGUUGGUUGCCGCCUCGGGUUCUUCUCUGCACCCAACACGUCCAUUUCGUGCGAGCCGGCGGAGUGCCCGAAGAGCACCCAAGCCUCGCCCAACGCGACCUCAGCGGACGACUGCAGUCCGUGCCCCGCAUUGCAAACGUCCAUCGGCGGCUCGGCGCUCUGCGGGGCGCCCAACUGCACCGCAGGCUCUGGGCCAACGCAGGAUGGUCAGUCGUGUGAAGUAUGCGAGGCUGGCACGUUCAGUCCAGGCCACGGUGCGCCUUGCCGCAAGGUGAAGUGUGCCCCGGGUCACACACCCGCCAAGGGCGCGACCGACAUGGCGACCGACUGUAUUCCGUGUCCUGAAGGCACCACGAAUUUGGGGGGGACCACAACGGAGUGCACGCCGUGCCCGCAAGGAACGUACUCCAACGCUACAGCGGGAACAAACACGUGCACACCUACAGCGUGCGAGCUCGGAUGGGAGGCCAAAACUGGCGCCAAGCACAAGCGCGACUGCGUCAUCUGUGGCCAAGGCUUCUUCAGCAACACGCAAACUUGCCAGCCGACGCACAUCGCCAAGGCCUCUGACCUCGACGCCAUCCUAGGGAGCCCACGACGCGAUUGGCAACUGCACGGCCUGCCCGUUGGGUUCGUCGCGUACAAAAUCGCUCGCGUGCUCAACGAAUGUGCCCCGGGGUAUUCUCUGCCACCCAACGCCACGCAGUGCCAAGCGUGCCAGCCAGGCACGUUUGGGAAAGGCCUUGCCAUGCCGUGCGUGGCAAUGACCUGUGCCCCGGGCACCGCGUCGAGCGCAUUCGGGGUCUUCCACGACCUUGAUUCGUGCCAUCCGUGCGCCAAUGGCACAUACUCGACGGGCAACGAUGCUCAGUGUCUUUUGAUUCAGUGUGCCCCGGGCACGACGGGUAACUCGGGCGCCAAAGGACUUCAAGACUGCGUCGACUGCCCUGCAGGAUACACAUCCCUUGGAAACGACACGAGCUGCUCGGCGUGUCCGUCGGGCACGUAUGCAACGUCGGGGGCCAAGGAGUGUCUCCCGACAACGUGCGACAUUGGCUGGGAGCCCAAUGCCAAGGCCACUAGUGCCACCGACUGCCGCCCUUGCAACGUCGGCAUGACGUCGAGAGGCGGGGGCGCCCACUGCAGCCCCGUGGCGUGCCCGAAGGGAGCGUUUGCGACCGAGAGCUCGGGCGACUGCGAGCCGUGUCCGCUGGGCACGUACUCGAACGGCGACUCGAUUUGCCGGCCGACACAGUGUCCCCCGGGGCACGGGGCCGUUCCGAAUGCCACCGACGCCGUGACAGACUGCGAAGAGUGUCCUAUUGGCACGUUUAGUAUUGGUGACGACCACGCGUGCACGCCGACGUCGUGCCCCGUCGGGUCCGAGUCGGCGGUCACCGGCUCCGAGCUCGAGAAGGGUCAUUGCAAGCCGUGUGCCGAGGGCUUCUACAGCGCCGGCAACGGCGAUCAGUGCAAGCAAGCCGUGUGCCCGCCGGGGAUGUAUUUCCCCCUCGGAGCCAAGGACUCGCUGGAGAGCUGCACGCUGUGCCCCGCGGGGCAAUUCAGCCCCGGAGCGCAAAUGCCAUGUGCCAACACAACGUGCGCUCCUGGGUCGGCGUCGCCGAUGGGGGCCACCGACGUUCAGGCGCAGUGCGCGCCCUGCCCGCUGGGAACGUUCAGCACGGGCGCGUCGGACCAGUGCCACCCCACGGAUUGCGCCCAAGGUUACGAGCCCGUGUCCACGAUGGCAAGCGCCACGACCUGCAAGGCGUGCACCGCAGGAUAUUACUCCCACGGCGGCGACCAAGUGUGCACGCCCAUGACGUGUGCACCGGGGUCCUCGUCGGCAGCGGUGCACGCCACUCAUACCAAUGCGACGUGCAUCAAGUGCCCCCUGGGUACUUUGGCCUUGGCGGCACCCAUUCUUGCGAGCCGGCGCAAUGUCCGCACGGAGCCGCGUCAGCACACGUCGGUGCGAGCGAUCCUGCCUCGACGUGCCGAGCCUGCCCUGCGGGGCACGGCCUCCCCCAGCAACGUGGACCACCCCGUCGACUUUUGCGUCACCUGUGCUCCGGGAACGUACAGCCCGGGCGGCACACUUCGCUGCACUCCCACGCAAUGUGCUCCGGGGUAUGCUGCGUCUGCCGGUGCGACAGACCCGCUCGCCAACUGCACGAUCUGCGCCCAAGGCAACUUCACCAUCGCCCAGACGUGCACGGGCUCGGUGGUGUGCCCCGUGGGCUUUGGCGCGCCCGCCGGUGCAUCCAGCGCCCAAGACCAGUGCGUGCUGUGUGACCCGGGGUACUUUAGCCUCGGCCAAGCCGCGCCCUGCGCCGCUGUGACCUGCGCCGCAGGAUCGGGCGCACCGCAAGGCACCGCUACUUGCCAGCCAUGUGCACCGGGGUAUUACAGCAUCGGUGGCACAGGCGCCGAUGCUGUGUGCAAGCCUAUGACGUGUGCGUCGGGCUAUGGCUCGUCGGCCACUGGCGCCACAGACGCCGCAGCCACGUGCACGCUGUGCCCCGCGGGUUCGUUCUCGGCAGGACAAUUCCAUCAGUGCGUCGCCACCAAGUGCCCACCUGGAACGAGUUCCCCCGAGGGCGCGGAUGUGCCCAUCCAGCAGUGCACGCUGUGCCCCAGUGGGUCCUUCUCCCGCGGCGGCAACGCUUCGUGCGAGGUUGGCCAGUGCGAUAUUGGCUUCGCCAUGCCCCCGGGGUCGACCCGCGCCGACGACUGCCUCUUGUGUGGUGACGGGUACUACUCGACCGGUCGUGCGACGCAGUGCAUUGCCUGCAAGUGCGGCGCCGACUCGACGUGUGUGAACGGCUCGUCGGCGUGCGUCGCUUGCCCUGCCGGCUACAAGAAGCAGUCCAGCAACGGUGUCUGCAUCGCCGCGUCGGCGCCGACCUACGGCGCGGUUGUGACGCUCCAAGUCGAAGGCUACGCGCCGUCGCUCUGGAGCGAUACGCUUGUGGACGCACUCGCUUCGCUCGUGGCCUCGCGCCUCGCCGAUCCAAGCAUCGUCGCCGAGCUCUACGCGCGGACGCCAACGGCCGACACCACCAACCCCGUCGGCGCCAGCAUCGCGAUUCUUCGCUUUGGCGUUGCGACAGCAGACGGAGCGGCCGCGCUGGUCGCGUUCUGGAAAGACCCGUCACGAGUCCAAGCGUUGGCUGCGUCAGCGUCGGUCGCCGGCGGUGGCCUGGAGCGCCUUCGAUCGCUAUCGGUGCAGGCCGUGGACGGUGCGGAUGCGACGCCGGCGGUGGCUGCAUCGACCGACGCACCGGCCGCCAAGUACGCACUGGCCAUCGAGAGCAGUAGCGAGACAACGUCGCCGGCGGUGCACCACCGCUACAACCUGCACGUCGGCCUCGGUGUCGCCGCCCUCAGCGCCUUCAUCGGGCUCGUGGGUCUGCGCCGAGUCCACCAAUGGAACGCGGCGCUCAACACCGACGCUUCGACGACGUCCGCGACCGCCAUGGUCUUGUCGGCGUCCGUAUAA